UUCACAGCUUUUGAUUGGCUGUCAGCCGGACGGUCCCCAUAAUAAUGUGUUUUAUCAGAAAAGAUGUGUAUUCUACAAUUAACAAUACAGUAUCAUGCUGAGCCAGCACAUUGUCACCUGCACCUGCAUGUGUGAAGAGUGGAGAUGCAAGAGUGUUGAUGCAGCAAAAGAGGAUGACUCCUUAGGGAGACUUGUCAAUGACGACAAUAUAGAACCAAACAGCAGAAUUAGGACAAUCACUGUUGAAGGACAGCCUCAUCUCUGUUUGCUUGCCAUCAAGGACAUCAGGCCAGGGGAAGAGAUCACCUACAAUGAUGACUGGCCAUGGAGAUCAAAGAUUUCAACUGAGACAGAGGGUCAAGCAGCCGUUUUGAUUGGAUACUGUUGAGGUGCGUAUGUCAAGAUACAUUUUUCACCUCACUAUCAUGAUUUCCCUACAUUAUCAUCUCAUCAAUAUAAUACAUACUUCUUAGUACACAAUUGUAUUAUUAGCUCAAGAUAUCAAUAACUAUUGUCAUUGGUUCAACAAUGGAUGCCACUGUGCUGUACAGAAUUCAUGUGAAUGAUAUUGAACAGGUGACUUAAUUUUGAAUGUUGGAAUUGACAUCUAAUCUUUUCAGUA